AUGGAGGCUUCCAAAUCACUAGUUGCCGAGCGCGGAGCCGUGAAGGCUAAGUUAACAGUCUUUAGAAGGUUUGUCGAGUCAGCGGACGUGCAAUCAGACCCGGUGGCAUUCGAAAAACGCGUUGGGACAAAUGAAGACUUAUUCCAGAAAUUCGAUCGGGUACAGUCGCAAAUAGAGGCAACGGUACUGGACACUCCUAACGAGGAGGUCCAGCUUGCGGAGCGCGAGCAAUUUGAAGAUACUUACUUUAGAACUCUUUCCAAAGCGGAAACUAGACUGGCUCAGGCGCGAGGGUUGGAGCCUGGGACGGUAAAUCGCGCUUCUCCAGCUCCAUCAGAUCCUCACAUGACGCGUCUACCGAUCAUAAAGCUUCCCAAUUUUAGUGGGGAUUUCAGUCAUUGGAUUCGCUUCAGGGACACAUUUGUUUCCUUGGUCCAUGAUUCGGAAAGACUAACCGACAUGGACAAAUUCAAUUAUCUAGCUUCGGCAUUAUCUGGGCCUGCCGCCCAAAUUAUCGAGUCCUACAGUGUCUCGGAAGCGAAUUACAGAUUAGCUUGGGAACGACUGAGAGAGCGUUUUGAUGACCCCAAAAAUUUAAUAUCGCAUCAUGUUGGCGCAAUCCUAGAUUUAGAGCCAUCUAAAAGGAAAAAUGGCAAUUCUCUUACGAAAUUUAUUGAUACCGCGGUUAACAACGUACGGGCGUUGCAAAAAAUCCUAGAGCCUCCGGAUUUGUGUGAGGCUCUCAUUAAUGGGAUUCUUUCGAGGAAAUUGGACAGCCUCUCCCUGGAUGAUUGGGAGAAGCGUGUCAUGAAUUCGCCCACUAUGCCAACGUUUCGCGAUUUAUCGAAAUUCUUGGAGCAACGGGCUCAAUAUCUGACGCGAAAAAAUCCUGAUGGGCCGUCCGAAGGCCAUUCACCACUAGAGGUUCAGAAACCUACCAAACCGCGUGAAAGAGCCAACAAAUCAUAUGUCGCGUCUUCGCACAUUGUAAAUAAAAAAAAUAAUAAAUGCGUAUUAUGCGGUGAUGAGCACACGCUCCAAUAUUGCUCUAAAUUCUUGGCCAUGUCUUUCUCUGAAAGGCAUGUCGCGGUGAAGCGCGCGCGAAUAUGCUUCAAUUGUUUCAAUACAGGGCAUAGUGUUAAGGCGUGCAACAGUUCCAAGUGCCGAAAAUGCGGCAAAAUGCAUCACACCUUGUUGCAUAAGGAGAUUACACCUCCCCCCCGCUUAGUUGUUGAACAGGACUCUAAUGAUCUUGAAACUCUCCCGCCAUCCACCACUCACAUCUCGCAAUCUUGUAUGGCAAAGGCCGUCGAGACCAUGGUCGGUGGGCUGAGACGCGUCAAAAACCCGGUCCACUCGUCUACCCAGGUAGAGGUUCUUUCCAGUUCAGGAAAUUUUAAGCGUAAGCUUUCGUGCUUGGUAUUAGAAACCAUUACGGAGGAGAUGCCGAACGUUCCUCUGAACAAAAUAAAAUUGACGAUACCUAAGGGAGUGGUACCAGCCGAUCCAGGGUUUCAAACCUCCGGUAGAAUCGACCUAUUGAUUGGGGCAGGUCCAUUCUGGGACCUAUUAUGCAUCGGGCAAAUUAAGGUCGGAUUAGGCAAUUUGAUGUGGCAAAAGACAAGGCUCGGAUCGGUCCUAGACGGCAGACUCCAGUGGCCAAAAUCGCAGGCCAACACUAAAUCCUUUCACGCUUGUCACGCCAUAGCAAACAUGGAAUUGGAGAAUUCCAUAUCGUGGUUUUGGGAAAUGGAAGAAAUUAACACUCUCGAGACCAAGCCUAGUGACCACGAACCUUGUGAACUGCACUUCAAAGAAAAUACGAAGCGCGAUGGAACAGGACGGUUUAUUGUUGCCAUACAGUUUAAUGAACAAGUUCGUCAGUUAGGAGAGUCCCGCACGCAAGCGGAGCGUCGUUUAGUUAAUCUAGAAAGGAAGUUGAGGAAAAACCCGGAUCUUCGCGCAAGGUACAACGAGUUUCUUCGCGAAUAUGUCGAUUUAGGACACAUGACAAAAUUGGAAGCGAAAUGCCUAGGAGGGGUCGGUGAUAAUUUCUACCUGCCUCAUCAUAUGGUGACAAAGGAGAGCAGUACGACCACCAAGCUUCGUGUUGUUUUUGAUGGUUCUGCGAAGACCUCCUCGGGUAUCUCCUUAAACGAUACUCAACUCGUAGGCCCGCUUGUUCAAGAUGAAUUGUUCAAUAUUUUGAUUAGAUUCCGUAAGCACUCGAUCGUUCUCUCGGCAGACGUGGUGAAAAUGUAUAGGCAGGUCUUAGUCAGGGAAGAAGACCGCAAAUUUCAAAGAAUCCUUUGGCGUUUCGGUGAGGACGAAACAAUCACCGAUUACUCACUUAACACCGUGACUUAUGGUACCGCUUCUGCUUCGUACUUGGCGACACGCGUUUUGCACCAGAUAGACAAGGAAUGCGCGCAAUCAUGUCCUCUUGCUAGUGCCGCAAUAUUAAACGAUUUCUACGUAGACGAUUUGUUGACCGGCUGCGAUACUCUCGAGGAAGCAUUAGAAUUGUGGGAUUCAUUGGUAGCAAUUUUAGCACAAGCUGGCUUUCCUUUGAGAAAAUGGGCGAGUAACGAUCCUAGAGUAGCGAGUGACGCAGAUAAAACGCGAAAUUUAGAAUUCAAGUCAUCGGAUAGAGAGGCUAAAACGUUAGGUUUAACAUGGUCAGUGUCCUCUGACGAAUUGGGCUACAAUGUUGACCAUCGAACAUUUCCCAGGAUAACCAAGCGUUAUGUUUUAGCCGAGAUCGCUCAAAUAUUCGAUCCUUUGGGACUCAUCGGUCCAAUAAUAGAGCAAAAUUAUUCAUGCAAACGCUCUGGAAAAUGA